AUGGCACGACCUCAAAUCCCGCCCCUUUGCCUUAAGCAUAUUCUGCUUCAUUUAGAAGCAGAAGAUGUGGCACGGUGUGCGCAAGUGUCAAGGCAAUGGAAAGACGCUUCUUACUCGGAUUCACUAUGGAAAAAGUUUUGUGACCAAAGACAAAUGUUCCUUGUUCGAAUGAAAACUGAUCGCUGGGCAUUCGGGAUUUUGGACGAAUUAGCACAAGGUGGUCCUUUUUAUCUGGCGAAUAUGAAAAAACUUAAACAGUUAGGCGAUAAUUGCAAAGAUGUGCUAUUUUGGGUUAUGGAUAAUCCAAAUGAGGUGACUCUUACUCAUUGUUACUUUGCAAAACGUGCUCUUCAAUACAUUCGUAGAAGUGAAAUUAUCCAGAAAUGGAAAUCAUGGCGUGAAUAUAAAUUGGAAAUUUCCAACCUAGAAGGUUUCGCUAUGAUGGCUGCCUUUUUUAACGAAAGAAUCGAUGUGAUCGAUAUAUUACGUGAAAUUGAUGAAUUAGCUCACGAAUUUAAUUUAUUAUGUCAAAAUAAUCCUCCUGAAUCUCAAUUGUCCAAGUUUCGACUCCUUGCAAAUUUCUUUUGUUCAAAAUAUCCUUCUACUGCUUCUGUACUUGAUAUCGAAACUAAAUUUUUAUAUUUAGUCAUGCCACUUUUAGAAACUAAACAAAGCAAGGCAUGCGUAAUGACUGUUUUAUUUGAAGCUUUAGCUGAAAAAGUUGGAAUUGAAAACGUGGACAUUGUUUCUGAUCGUGAAAGAUCUCCAGAGUAUCUAGAUUGUACUCUUGGUGAUUUAUGUAAGCUUAUGAGUUUUUGGUGGUCGUUUGUCGCUGCAAGAUAUGGUUACUCGGAAGAUUACGAACUUGGUCGAAUAGCAUUAACUGACAUAGAAAAUUAUUUAGCUGCGGGUACUGAGGUAGAACAAGAGAUGUGGCAAGAAUUGAUUGAAGACGUGAAAGCUGACAUCGAAGGAUUGGAAGAGGAUGAUCGUAUUGAUUGGGAUUUUGAGUCCGGUCAGUCGAUUCGGGGUCAAUUAGGAAAAAAAGAUCCAAAAUUUUACAUUGGUGAUGUGGUUAAUUUCAAAAAAUUCCAUAGUCUUGGUGUGAUUUGUCGUUGGGAUAGAGCUUAUAAUAGAGAUAUAGCAGAAAAUGCGAUCAAAUUUGUCUGGACGGAUAUAGAAUCUCCUCGUGAUGAACCUUUUUACGAAGUUCUUACUCAUCGAGGUUCGUUUAUAUAUUGUGGUCAGAAAACGUUAAUGCUUGAGCCGGAUAAUUCAGAGCGGCUAUUAAGAAUGGUUCCUAGCAAUGUCUACGGAGACCAUUUAGGCGACGAGGCCGACUGGAAAUUAGCUAAAGCACUUGGUCCCGUAACUACCGAGUUAGUUGGUUGUUAUUUUGAAUGUUGGGAUCCGGAAAAUCGUAAAUACAUUCCCAACGAAUUAACUAGAAAAUGGUACCCAGACGGAUAA